AUGUAUUGCCAGAAAUGCCGAACGCCGCUGAAGCUGGAUGGCUCACUAGAGUCACUUAACCCGGCUGCGUUUGAGCUUCUCGUCAACUCAACAGGCAAGACGCUUUCGGAACACGGCGCCGUAUCUUCAUCCACACGAGCUUCCUACCCUUCGGAGCGACGCGAACUCUACGAUCGAGCCUCUCGAAAUGCUACAUCGCCGGUUUACAGGAGGUCCAUACCGGCCCCGCGGUCGGGUGGCCAGUCGCACCCGCCGGGUCUGCCGCAUGGUGAUAGUGGAAACAUGUCCUUUGUGAUGCUUACGGAGUCGCAAAUUGUGCCUCCAUCUGCGGAAACUGCCUUGCCAUCUCGACCUAAGCAGAAAAGUAUCGGCCAGAGCCAGGAUCCUGGGCAAGAGGAUGCGUCCUUUGCCAACCAAGUCGAAAAGACCACCCGGUUGUUUGAGGUUGUCUCUGCGCGCUCAGAUAUAGACCAUCCUAUUUGUGUGGAAUGUACGGAGAUGCUGGUAGAAGAGCUACAAAAACGACUGACGGGGGCGACGAAAGAGCGCGAUGCAUAUAUCUCAUUCCUCCGGAACUUGAAUGCAUCAGUCCCAACUGCGGAAGAGCUAGAGGCAGCUGAAACAUCCCUCAAAGAAAGCUUGAAGGCGGAAGAAGCGGCAUUUGCAGAACUUGAAAAACUAGAGGGAGAGAAGGCUACGCUGGAUGACGAGAUCGCCAAACUGGAAGAAGAGUCUCGACAGCUAGAUGCAGACGAAGAUACAUUCUGGCGGGCCCGAAACAGCUUUUCUUUGACACUAGCACAGUUUCAAACCGAGCGGGAUGCGUUGAACAUGCGCUACGACCAUGACUCUCAGCAGCUGGAACGGCUGCAAAGGACGAAUGUCUACAACGACGCGUUUUGCAUCGGUCACGAUGGAUAUUUCGGCACAAUCAAUGGACUGCGGCUGGGCCGCCUCGCUAACCCCUCGGUCGAGUGGCCGGAGAUCAACGCAGCAUGGGGCCAGACAUGUCUGCUCCUGGCCACGAUUGCAGAACGUCUAGGGUUUCAGUUCCAGGGAUAUCGGCUGCGGCCAUUAGGGUCCACCUCGCGGGUCGACAAGAUUGAGUAUCCGCCGCAGCCAGCCGGCACAGCUGUCAGCGAGCGGGGCACACCCAAGACAACGCCCUUGGACCUGUUUUCGUCCGGAGAUCUUCCACUCAAUCUACCCUGGCUGCAUCGCCGCUUUGACGCAGGCAUGGUGGCGUUCCUCGAGUGUCUGCGCCAGCUGGGGCAGUUCGUUGAAACAACCCCUGCGCCCGUGUCAUCGCCCCGUCGUGGCCAGACCGGCGCCACCGCGCCGGGUUUGAGACUGCCCUAUGAGAUCAGACGGGAUCGCAUCGGUGAUGCCAGCAUCAAGCUUGGCUUCAACCAGAACGACGAGACUUGGACAAGGGCCUGCAAAUACACGCUGACAUGCUGUAAAUUCCUCCUGGCGCACGCUAGUAACGUCGCCGGUGCUGGAUCCAGCAACUCCGCUGCCGUAGCGGCCGCGGCCGUCGCUGCCGCCGACCAGACCCGUCACGCAGCUCCCAGUCCUGCCAAGAAAUGA